GUGGCGGGUGUUCGGCGUCGCAUGGCCGUGCAGAGGCUGGUGGCGGCGGCAGUGGCGGUGGCCCUGCUGUCCCUGGUCCUGAAUAAUGUCGCAGCCUUCACCCCCAGCUGGGUCCUCCAAGCCCUGGAGGAUGGACGCAAGCGGAGCGUGGGACUGUGGAGAAUGUGUCCCACCGGUGGGGAGAGGGGCCGUGAAGACCUCCAGGCUGGGAGAAGGGGGCAAGGGGCUCAGAGACAGUGUGAAAGCCUUGGAUGGGGCUCCGAGUAUGCAGGCUAUCAAGAGUCCCGCAGCACUGUCAAAUUGCAGUUUGACAUGAUGCGAGCAUGUAACCUGAUGGCGACGUUGGCCCUGACUGCCGGUCAGCUGAUCUUCCUCCUCGGCCUGAAGGAGCUGCCUUUCAUCACGCAGGAGUCACAGUGGUGGGAGGAAGCCAUCGCUGCCCUCUUCCAGUUAGCCAGUUUCGUGCUGGUGAUUGGACUUGUGACCUUCUACAGGAUCGGACCCUACACCCACUUGUCCUACUCCUGCUACUUGGACAUAGCCGCUUGCCUGCUGGCCACGAUGGCUGCGGCCAUGCUUAUCUGGAACAUUUUACACCGCCGCGAUGACUGCCUCGCCCCUCGAGUUAUAAUCAUCAGUCGCUCACUGGCGUCACCUUUCCAUCCACGUUUAGACAAUGACUACGUGGAGUCGCCUUGCUGAGCCACGUGAGCUCACAAGCCAAGACUGGACUCAACAUUAAAUGUUUUACUUUACAACUGGUGCCUUUUCACGUUCCUGUGGACUCACAAGUAUCUGCAAUUGUAAAGAUACCUUUGAAAACUUGUCCCAACAUAAACAAAGACACCAAGAUUAGUUUGCUGCACAAAAUCCGCAGAUUGAAGAUUGAAAAUGAAUGUAUAAAGUAACUCUAAACUUCCAAACGUAGUCAAAUACUGAUGUUUCAUUUAUUCAUGUUUGGGUAAGCUAACUGGUGGUUCAACAAACAAUUUGGACUGGCACUGUCCUAUGAAGCAUCCUUCUUGUGAAAAGAUCAAGCUGGAACUUGACCUAUUUUGCUAUAUGUGCACUUCUUAAAUGGCCUCCGACAUAAUUAUAAAUUGGAUAUUAUGAAAGAUGUUGAAAAUACCAGAAUACCUCAUAUUUGUUUCUUGUCCUUAUAAAGGUUAUUAUAGUUUUAAUACAUGGUGAUGCUAAUAACAGAUGUUGCAAGUAAGUAAAUCCCAAAAAAAUUAAAGCAGAAGAAGCCAACCUUUUGAUUGGGGAAAAUAAAAAAUAAAAAUUUGUUAUUAAUGUACGUGAAUUGAUUUAGAAGCAGGAUUUGAUAAACUGACGGCAACAGAUGUUUUGGCGAUGUACUGCAUUUUGAAACACUUGCGUUAAUUAUUCAUGAUGCUUUACAUAUGAAACUGCUCGCUUGUGGUACAUACUGUAUACUUAAAUUAAUAUUAUAUAGUUGUGUAAAGAAUUGUGCUAUCAUUAGUAGUGAUGUCAUUGUGAACAUAUCAUACUUCUGCAAAGAACUCCAGGCUGUCUGUGGGUCUUCAUCGUUGCCAAACAUAAAGGCACAUUAAAGUAAUAAUAUAUCAUAUAAAUUCAAUAAAUUUAUUGGUAAAUAUUCAAA